AUGGAGCAAGCUGGAAAGGACCAGUCUACGCAGAGAGUACAUUGGUACAACAACCAGGUCAAUAGGGUGAGAUGGGCGGGGGUUGACUCGGACGAGUAUAGACUGCAGUGUGGAGUUAGAAAGGGGGUAUUAUCAUCCCCAAUCCGGUUUAACCUCUAUGUUAACGAACUAAUUGAGUGUCUUAGCAAGGAGCAUGUCGGAUGUCACAUAGGCGAAACGUGUUUCUACAAUAUAAGUUACGCGGACGACAUGGUCGUGCUGGGACCGUCAAUCAGUGCUGUCAAACAUCUUGUUAGACUGUGUGAGAGCUACGCGCAACAGCAUGGUCUUAGUUACAAUGCAAGCAAAAGCGAGGUCGUUAUCUUAAAGGCUCGUAAGUAUAACACUAAGACCCUGCCUGAGAUCAUGCUGGGGGGAGUGGCUCUCAAAAUAGUUGAUAAAUUUAAAUAUUUAGGGCAUAUAAUUACGAGGGAGCUCAGUGAUGAUAUGGAUGUGGAAAGAGAGAGGAGAGCUUUGGCAGUACGAGGUAAUAUGCUCGCCCGCAGGUUCGCACGCUGUAACGAGGAAGUAAAACUGACACUUUUUAAGGCUUAUUGCCAGACGUUUUACACGUGCAGCCUGUGGGUGAGAUUUACACAGAAGGCUUACAAUACACUGCGUGUGCAAUACAACAACGUCCUUAGAAUGCUGUUGAGGCGGCCUAAACACUGCAGCGCAUCAGGUAUGUUCGCCGAGGCUAGAACCGACGACUUCUUUGCCAUAAGGCGAAAAAGAAUUGCCUCACUGCCUGGGAGAGUGCGCGGAAGCAGCAACAGCAUGCUAAGGACGUUGGUCGAUCGCCUCGACUGCCCGCUCACAAAAUACUGGGUUGAUGUGAUUAUUGGGAGGGAUAAAUAG